AUGACCUUUGACCUACCCAGUGACCAGGACUACCACAUCAUCGCGUACGAGCCGCUCAUCGACAACGCCAACGUCCUUCACCACAUCCUGCUCUACGGCUGCACCGAUCCCAACGGAGUUCGAAUCCCUGCACCAGAGUCGUGUGGCAUGUCUCAAUCCAACAACGACUGUAACACCAUCAUAGGGCUGUGGGCCGUCGGGGUUCCAGGCGUCUGCUUGCCGGAGAACCUGGGCUUCAGGAUCGGAGCCUCGGGCUAUCAGCGAGUCCGUCUGGAGACUCACUGGAACAACCCAGCCGGCGUGACCAACUACCGGGACUCCAGCGGCCUCAGACUCUACUACAGGCCCUCCCUGCCACAGAUUCAGGACCUGCUCACUUUUAUGACGGGACAGAGGAUUCUCAAGAUACCGCCAGGUGAAAGCAGGGUGGAGCAGAUUGGAACAUGCCCCAGCGACUGUACACGCGCUCUCUUCGCUAAACCUGCUUACGUCAUCAGUGUGUUCAACCAUAUGCACUAUCUCGGUCGGGCUAUGAAGAUCGAGCUGUUCAGGAACGGAAGGCUGAUCAAGGAGCUGUCCAAUGAAGAUUACUACAGCUACGACAAUCCCAUUCAGCACGACCACCAGCCCCCGGUUCAAAUCCUGCCUGGGGACGAGAUCAAGACGACGUGUGUGUUCAACUCUCUGUCCUCUGACCGCUGGGUCUACUGGGGUGACGGUACCAAUGACGAGAUGUGCUUUGGCUUCUUGACCAUGUACCCCAGGGACGCUCUGCCUAUCGUAUCGGCCUCUUGUGUGAGCAUGGGUCCCGCGUCGACCUGUGAUUUCUACGGCCCGCAAAAAACGAGCAUCAACGGCUGUGACUGGAAGACUUUCACCAACGGGAGUCACCCAGAGACGGACAGGCUGUGGGAGAAGCUGGAGAAGAACUGUAACCUGGACGGAUUCUGCAGACCUGAAUGCCGAGAGAUCACGGACGAACUGAAGAAACACCCGUGCAUGCAGGGAGAGGUCGGCGACCUGGUCAACUUCAGGCUGGUCAGGUCCCACGAGGGGUCACAGUUUCUUGGACGAGUCCACUCUUGCCCCACGAGGGGCCAGGACCCCGGGGGCGUAGACUGCCGCACUCAGUGCGCAGACGUCUGCUACGAUGACGUCAGAGACAGCGCCCCCGGAAGUUCCGCUAUGUUUGGGGUGGUCUCCUCCUUGUUUGCUAUUGUCCGACUCACCAGUAUGUUGUAA